AUGCAUACUUCAAGGGCCGCAGCCAAACGCAUGUACACAACCGCGAGAUGCGCCACCAGAACCCAUCGCUUCAGAUCUGCUGCCUUUGGUGUUGCAGCCACCACAGCAGCCGUCGUCGCCUACCACGUCUCUCAGCCGGAUCGCACACUGCAUGCUGAUGCUCAAUCACCUCCUAAACAAGGCAAUGACCUCAAAUUCGAUUACUCGCAGCAAAAGCAAGUCGCCAUGUCAUGGGAAAGACCUGGCGUGUACUUGUGGGGCAGCAAUAAGCGCGGCGUCACAGACACAGAGAGUGCUGAUCCAUUCACAAAGGCGCCGACGAGACUACCUGCCUUUGAUGGCAUGGCUUUGCGCGACUUGAAAGUCUCCGAGGAGGUUGGUGUUGCUGUGCUUGAUUCCGGUGAUGUCGUCUUUUGGGGACAGGGGUAUACCGGUGAUGCUAUACAACUGCCCUCUCGCAAAAAGAAGAGUGUAGAGCCUGUUGUUGUGCCGAAGCCUGAAGUGACGCUUGUUGGCAAAGAUAUCGUCAAGGUUGAGCUAGGUAACGACAUGGUUUAUGCGCUCUCGAGAAAAGGGAUUGUCUAUGCUAUUCCUACAGCAAAGACCGCACAGCAGUCAGGUCCAAGGCUACAGGAAUCUGCUUGGUUUGGCUUGUCUAGCAGUCGAGCAACCAUCUCAUACAGCACAGUACAGACGGCGGAUCAAGCUUCAUUUAGCGAUAUCGCCAGUGGCUCAGACCAUCUCCUCUUGCUCAGCAAAACAGGCGGCGUCUAUGCCUGUGCCAGCUCCAGCAAGGGCAAUGCCCGAGGUCAGAUGGGCCAGCGGACGUGGCAGCAUAGCCCUGCGAGCAACACACUUGAGGCUGUCAAGAUUGAAGGUCUCAACAAUGUAAAGGCAACCGCUAUCGCUGCUGGCGAUCAGCAUUCUGUGGUUCUUGCUGGUGAUGAAGUGUACACAUUCGGCGCCAAUACAUACGGCCAACUUGCCUUCAACUUCAAUGCAGAGAGUACGGAUGUUGUGAACCCAACGUCAGUCAUGGUGAAUGCGCUAUAUCCGCGUAAUCUACAAGCCAAGUGCCUGUCGAUUGCUGCAGGUGGUCGGAAUACAUUCAUGGUGGUGCAGUCAGAAGAACCGGGCAAACCAGAGUCGCGUCGCGUGGAUAUCUGGUGUUCUGGCACGAGCCAGUUUGGUCAACUUGGCAAUAACACAUGGAACCACUACCAAAGCAAACCAGUCAAGGUGAAGCAAAUCUCUGGCUUGACGGAGUGGGAUGAGAUCAACAAUUGUGUCUUGCCCAUUGGCGUGUACAAGUUGAGUGUCGGCAGCACACACGUCAUUUGCGUCCUUGACAAUGUGUCGAAGGUAGAUGCAGAUCCUUCGGCGAGCAGGAAAGCAUUUGACACGAUCAACUAUGGUCGAGAUUGUCUGUGCUGGGGAUCGAGCAGCGAUUAUCAGCUGGGCAGUGGGAAACGUGCUUCUGCUCCCUUACCUACCUACAUCUCCCCGCUUGAAUCAUCAGCAGAGAAGCUUGCACUGAAGAGUGGGUGGGAGGAGAUUAUUGACGAGGGCCACAAGCGCUUCCACUUGACGCCGCCGAAAGUGAUUGAGGUUACGCUAGCGAAUGGCAAGCGAGCGAAGCGCAAUGUCGAGCAAAUGGUGGUUGCUGGGCAUCUCACCUCGGCCUGCUACUCGAAGCUGUCUAUACAGUCUAUACAGAGCACCAUGGAUCUAGGCAACCUCGUAUCCCGGUCGCCAUCCAACGCCUUCCCAUACCCGCAUCACCACAACAGCGCAGCAGGCACACAGGCCACACACAGCACCUUGCCGCACCCAUUUCCAUCACUUGCGCAACAGUCCUUCCAGCCGCCCCUCAUGCAGUCCCAGCAGCAGCAGCAGCAGCAGCAGCAGCAGCAGCAGCAGCAACAUCCACAGGCGCCGCAACAGGCGCUCAUGUAUCAUCCCUCACAUGCGACUGUCCCCUCGCCCUCGACGACACGCUUCGAACGGGCGACACUCACAGUCCAGUCGCAGAAAGUAUUCGACGAAGCUGCCCAGUACCCUGAUUGUAAACUUGGCUAUUGGACCUAUAAUCCGACAGUUCGGCUACCUCUCUUUCUACGCAUCAAUGGUGUCUUUCAUGCGCAUAUACCGAGACGCUUUCUGGAUUUCGAGCAGAAUACAGCGUUACGACGUCGUAAAGUCUGGGGAACGGAUGUCUACACGGAUGAUUCAGAUAUUGCAGCGAUUCUCAUGCACUCAGCCAUGGCACAGCGAAUCCCGAAAUCAGGCGAUAUUAAAGUCACUUUGCGCGUGAUGCCACGACUUGUCGCGUACAAAUCUUCCAUGCGGCAUGAUUUACGGAGUCGCGGGUGGGUUGCGCGUCAUGAUGGGUUAUCACUCGUUGUUGAAGAUGUCGCUGGUGUCUCAUCACUCGAUGAAGUCAAGGGGAAAGGGUAUGCGAAGCGAGCGAUUGAGGAACGUGCGAGAUUGGCGGCCGAGACAUCAUUACAGGCUGCUCCAGCGUUGCAGGUUGAUUGGCCACCUGAAGUCAUCAAGCGUCGUGUACGGCAAAGUGUGAAGCAAAGACGUGUUGCAAGAGUAUCAAAGCCGACGCAGGAGAGUGUACAAGAGAAGGACAAGACACCUGGGCCAGAUGAUACCAUUGAAAUGGAGAUGGAGGAGCAAGAAGUUGGUGAAUCGAGCUUUGUGGAGCCAGCAACGCAAGGCCCGCUUAUUUCUAGCAAGCCUGACAUUCUACCAACAGGUCUUGCCACGACGACUGCAUCUGUUCUAAAGCCGCAAGAAGCUCCAGCAGCGGAGACAGCGAUAGCGCCUGCGGAAGAAUCGGAAGCAUCAUCAAAGCCAGCCGCUCAAGAAGAGGUGGAUAUUCGAAAGCGGGAAUUGACGGGACAAGAUAUCCUUGCUGCUGCGCGUCGCAUCACGGAUAGACAAGCAGGCUCGGAGUCGCCCGUGGCGGAGUUGAGUAAGAAGGAGAUGAAGAGCCUUGCGCAUGCUGAGAAGGUAGCAACUGGCAGGAAAGAGGCGAAACCGGAUGCGCAGCAGGCACAGGUUGAGGGGCUUGCUGCGAUGAUUGAGAAGGAAGGUCGGCCUGUUGCCGCUUCUGGUGCGUCUACUCGCAAGACCACGAGUGACGUAGAGUGCGCCCACAAUCUUUUUUCCUUCUACAGACCAACAUUCACCUCACAUCCACUAAGUAUGAGACUUGCUCAUAAGCGCAGCAAGCGGUCAGCCGUCAAGGAUCUCGACCAAAUCACCCUGCAGCUCAAGAACCCACGGACCAUUGCAGAUCUCAAGAAUCAACCACUGGACGAGCAUUUGCCUGGCUUAGGCCAACAUUACUGCAUCGAGUGUGCGCAAUACUACGCUGAUGAAGCGUCGCUCAAGGGCCAUGCAAAAGGCACAAGACACAAGAAGCGCGUCAAGUUGUUGAAGGAAGUGCCGUAUAGCCAUGAAGAAGCUGAUUUGGCAGCUGGCAUCAACCCUGCGCGUACAUUGAGACCACCUCGACAGGCGCGUACUGGUAAAGAUACAGUCAUGGCGCAGUGA